AUGUGCCGUGCCCGUACGAUGCUUCUCUAUUUUGACCGCCAGAUUGACACGGGCAGCCACAAGAUGCCACGCAGCGUUCUGCUUUUUGCACUGCUGUGCGCCGCAGUGAUUCCCCUGGGGGGGCACGAGGCCAGAACCAGCAGAAGAAGUCUUUUAUUUGGUUCGGCAGCGCCAGUCCCCAAAACGCGGACCGGACCAGGCGUCAUAGAAACUGGAAUUUGCGAGACAAAUGAGCAGGGCGAAACGACAUGUACAUGCACGCAGUCACCGGGCAAGAUUAGAGAGCCUCGUGAAGAAGAAGCUAAUACCGUGGGUGAGCAUCAUGUGUCUGCCAAGAUCGAGUUUGCGGGGGAAACAAACACGCUGAAGCUCGUCUGCGACAUCAACGGAGGCGUGGUGCCAACGUCGUUACCUCAGAGCAAGGUAUGUCCCGGAAAUGUGCCCUUCUCUGAAUGCAAGGAUGAGGCCGGGAAGAAGGUUGCUGUAAGCAUUCAGGAUUUUCUUGACGGAGAAAGCAGCAAAAAAAUCUCUUGGAAGACCAACGGGAGCGCCGCUACUUAUACGCUGACCAUUCCCCAGUCUGCAGCCCCGCUCUCCGACAAGGCCUUCUGGGUCGGCUGCUCCCCCACAAAGCAGCAAAAACAGACCAUCAACAGAGCGGCGUGUCAAGUGUCCGUGGCACUGAAGGCAAAGGAAUCGACAACAAUCGACGGCAAUGUGGUUCGGUGUGCGUACGGAGCCACCAGCAACGAGAAAGGCCCGCAGAAAGUGACCUUGUCCCCCAAGGCAAACAGCCUGACUCUCGUCUGCGGCUCAGAGGGGGCGAUUCAGCCGACGACGUACAAUGAACACUUUUGCAGCGGACAGAUCAGUGACAACUGUUCUGACGCGUACACUGCCGUCCUUCCUGACUUUCAGAAGGACUGGUGGACGCCCGAUUCCUCCGGCAAGACCCCGUACAAGUUGGUGAUUCCGGAAGAUAAAUUCCCUGAGAAGGAGCAGCACAUUUCAGUUGGAUGCAAGUAUUCACCUGCACAGCCGGGUUCUCGGGCUUCGCUUGAUGCGCCUCAGUCUGUUGGACCGACUCUCUGCGUGGUCGACGUGACGAUUGUGGCAGCAGAGUCUUCCUCAUCGGCAGCCGCCCGCCGUUGGCUGUAUUUUGUCUCUAGCGUCGUUCCUCUUAUUAUCGGUGCAUUUGCUUCCGUAUACUAG